GGCGGAGUGGAACAGGGAGACUGUGCAUUGUAACACCAUAAGAAUGUUUGAUCCUUUGGAGACCUGCUGAAGAUUUGGCUAUUUUAAUGGUCUAAUGACGCUUGGAUUAACAGGUGCCCGCCACCAGACUAAUCUCUGCAAUGAAUCCCUCAUGUUAGAAAAGUUGCCUGCCUGUGGAAAAUCCUUUGAAGAAAUGAUGAAGAAAAUAGACUCUAAAAAAUGGUGCAACCUGACAGAAUUUAUCAUGUAUUAUGAUAACUUUACCCAGUGCACAGAACGUGAAGCCAACAAUGCAAGCUGCUUUUGGCCAAACCCUCUCGCAGAGGGCUUUAUCACUGCAAUCCAUAAACAGUUCUUUUCAAACUGUACCUCAGAAAAGGUUCACUGGGAAGACCCGCCAGAUGAAAUUCUCAUAACUCUGAUCUUGAUCCCCGUCAUGCUGACAUGUGCCAUGAUAACACUGGUAGUAUGGUGCAGUAAAAGAAGUGAUAUUCUAGUUUAAGUUGUUCUCCAGACUUUUUUUCCCAUUUCUUCUAACAAACUUAACAAGGAGGAAGAAAAAGAGGAACAAUAUAAAAAUUUCAGAUCUGCAAAAAUGGAACCUGUGAGAUAAUACGAGAGAGGGGACGACCCUGUGUUCAAACAGCUGCUGCUGCUGCUGGAAGCAACUGCUUCUGAGCUGGCCUUCAGUGCUGCUGAUAGAAAGCUAACGUGAGGACCUAUCAUCAUGAAGUUCACAGGCAGUUCUGAGAAGCAGGAGAGUCCCCAGGAAAAUGGACCCAUUAGCUACGAGAGAGGUAAAGUUACUUUCCUACAGCUAAAGCUGGUUGGUAAAGUGUGUUAUCCAAAACUAUGUAAGCGUAUGUAUGCAUAGUAUAGCAUCAACUUUGGGGGAGGUGAUAUCUCCUGAGUUUUCAUGCAGGACACUUGAGGUUUUCAUCUGUGAACGUUGUGACUUGAAUGGAAGUUCAUCAGCAAAGGAACUGAACAUGGAUGUAACCACGUGGCAGCUUUUCCUGGAAGCUAAUUACAAAGAUCAUUAUCGAGAACUGGAAAUAUUAUCUUGGCAAAAAGAACAAUUUAUGUGGCCAGUGACUAUCUCUACAGGGAACAAAUCAUGCCAUGUUAUAACAUAGUUUAUAAACACCUCUAAGCAUAGCUGGUUGGAGUUGAAUGGCUCACAAACAAGCUUUGGGAAGGAUACAGCUCUUAUUUCACAGAGCUGGAAGAUAUAAGAGGAAAUAGGAUGAUACGCUAAAGAGUGCUGAAGAACUUUUCAUAUGCUAGACUCUUUUUUUUCCCCCUCUUUUAUAAUCAUUAUUCUUGAUGACUUGUGUUCACUAUACACUCCUCACUCUCACUUCAAAUUGCACAAGUGAUGCCCUACAAAUAAACACAAAGAUGUGAUGUUGAUUGAGGUGCCUUUCAGAGAAUAAUUUUGUACAUAAAUGGAUUUUCCUCAUGUGAAGAGUGUGGGAACUAAAAGUAUGAGCAUCAAAAAGGUAUGAACGUUGCUUGGAACAGAGGAGGAAAGAGAAAAAAAAUCUAAUCAAAAGUCUUAUUUGAUGAAACUAUUCCUAUGUAACAAUUUAAAUAAAUACCAUAUGCCUAAAAUAAAACAACUUUUAUGCUUGUGUUGUAAACUUUUCUCAUCUGUCAUUGCACAAAAUGCCUUCAAGUCAAAUGCUCCGUUAUUAUGAGUGACCGAAUUCUAUUACAAGCGAGUCUUCAUUUUUUCCAUACCUUAUAUCCACAAAUAAAAUAUAGCUAGAAUG